GUGGCCUCCAAAAUGUGACGUCUUAGAUGUGUCAGUGCCCCACUACCAGGGUAACAUCAUUGGACUGGAGAAGGGACAUGAAGUUUCAAAGAAACAAUCUUGAUAGCAAGGAGGCGUCCUCAGACUGAAGACCCCUACUCAUCUUUCCUCUCCUGGCCAAAGGGGCUUUAAAUUGGAGUAGUGGGAACCCAAUGUCAUCCCAGUAUGCUAUUCUGGGAGAGGUGAGACCCCACCCCAGCACCAUGAACCUUUCUAAUGUCCCACCAGCCCUCAAUGGCUCCCAGGGAGGCCCCUUGCCUACCCUGUAUGGGGGCCAUUCUUUGUGGCAGGUGGUGUUGAUUGUGCUGAUGACUGGGAUCCUCUCACUGGUCACACUGGUGGGCAACCUGCUUGUGAUGGUCUCCUUCAAAGUCAACAGUGAAUUGAAGACAGUCAACAACUACUUCCUACUCAGCCUGGCCUGUGCUGACCUCAUCAUUGGAGCAGUGUCUAUGAACCUUUAUACCACCUACAUCAUCAUGGGCCACUGGGCCCUUGGCAACGUGGCCUGCGACCUCUGGCUGGCCCUUGACUAUGUAGCCAGCAAUGCUUCAGUCAUGAACCUCCUGAUCAUCAGCUUUGACCGCUACUUCUCUGUCACACGGCCCUUGACCUACCGGGCCAAGAGGACGCCAAAGAGGGCGGCCAUCAUGAUCGGCUUAGCUUGGGCCAUCUCCUUCAUCCUUUGGGCACCCGCCAUCUUGUUCUGGCAGUAUUUUGUUGGGGAGCGGACAGUGCCCUCAGGAAACUGCCAUCUCCAGUUCCUCUCUCAGCCUAUCAUUACUUUUGGCACAGCCAUUGCAGCCUUCUACCUGCCGGUCACCAUCAUGAUCAUUCUCUACUGGAGGAUCUACCGGGAGACUGAGAACAGGGCCAGGGAACUGGCUUGCCUGCAAGGCUCAGAGAGCAAGAGCAUUGUCAGGCCAAUCCCCAACAACAGGCCUAAAGGAGGUGGUGCAGGCAGCAACAGCAACUCCGAGCAGUUGGAACCCAUCAAGGUUUCUUCUGCUGUGGCAAAAGCCCACACAAAGGCCUGCUGCUUCCCCAGUUGGAGGAAGGCCAGGCUAUAUGUGGAGCAGAGCAGCAAUGGGAGCUGGAUCAAUACAGAGGAGGAGGAAGAGGAGGACGGCUCUCCUGAUUCCUUGACAUCGUCUGAGGGAGAAGAGCAGCCCUUUGAGGUUCAGAGUGUCUGCUCGGUGGUGAUCCGGCUGCCUAUGAUUGGCAGUGUAACGCAGCCCCCGCUGCCAACAGAGAAGCCAACCCGGGACCGGGAGAAGCUGGCUGGAGGGCCAUGGGCAGGAGGGAAUGGCUUGUGCAGGAUCCUAGCCCAGUCUCCUGCUGCCACUGAGUCCCCCAACAUGGCCAAGAAGCCGUCAAACAAAAAGAUAUCACCAAUUAAGGAGAAGGGGGUAUUGACUGCCAAACGCCAUCUGCGGAAGAGGAGCAAACAGCUCUCCCAGCAGAAGACCCUCUCCCUGAUCAAAGAGAAGAAAGCAGCCCGAACACUGAGUGCCAUCCUGCUGGCCUUCAUCCUCACCUGGACACCCUAUAACAUCAUGGUGCUGGUGUCCACCUUCUGCCAAGACUGUGUUCCCAAGAGCCUCUGGAAACUGGGCUACUGGCUUUGCUACGUCAACAGCACUGUCAAUCCCAUGUGCUAUGCCCUAUGCAAUAAGUCUUUUCGCAAUACAUUUAAGAUGCUGCUGCUGUGUCGCUGGGACAAGAGGAGGUGGAAGAAGAUGCCCAAGCAUGUGGUGGCCUUCCACAGGGCUCCAGCACACUGAGCAGGCGUGGGGUGAAUUCCAGAAUGAUUAAAUCCCUGGGCUGGGAUGAAGACUGUCAGGCAAACUGCACUGCAGCAGAAGAAUAGGACCUGGCUGUGAUGCCAGAGGGAGAAUUCCUCCAAGACAGUCAUGAACCCGCCUUUGGGGUCUGGGUGAGGAUACAGCUGGCAGGUUCCGGAACACCAUGCCACCGUUUAUUAUUGUAAUCUUGAACUCAUUGUCAGAUAGUGGCCUUCCUUAAAACCUUGAUGAAUGUGGAUGUAAAAGGAAAACAAAUGGACAAAGCUGGUGCAUUCAGUACUCUGUGCUUGAGAGAAACUGAUUUAAAACCUGGUUUAAAAUCUAAGCCACAGGGCCACUGAAACCAGCAAUUCACAGUUGUGACAUGACCUCUUGGAAUUUUCAGCUCUUUCCAGUCUUGAUGCUUUGACUAAGAGGACACUUGACCUUCAAUCCAUUCAGCCACAGAGAUAAGCGCAAUCUAGCCAUGCUACUGCUUAGACCAGGAAAAUGGGAGUCAGGACUCCUGGCUCUUCAUGAGGAGUAUGUCUAGUGGUUAGAGUCAGAGACUGGGCUGGGAGGAGAGAGGGUGUCUAGUGCUUAGAGCAAGGACAGGGGGAAGACUCCUGCAUUCCAGCCCCAGUUCUGGGAGGUCAGUGGCGUUUAGUGAAAAGGGCAGAGGAGAAUGGUAGACAAGACUCCUGAGUUCUUCUGUUUCCCAGCUCAGAGUCAGAGACUGGGAAUCAGAUCUGCAGGGUGGGGAGGUCUAAUGGGUUAGAGCAGGGUGGAGCCAGGCAGUGGGAGCCAGGACUCCUGGAUUCUAUUUCCAGCUCUGGGAGGGGCAUGGUGUCCAGUUCUGCAGAAAAGGAUCUGGGGAUUACAGUGGACAAGAAGCUGGAUAUGAGCAGUGUGCCCUUGUUACCAAGAAGGCAAAUGGCAUAUUAGGAUGUAUUAGUAGGAGCAUUGCCAGCAGAUCGAGGGAUGUGAUUAUUCCCCUCUAUUCAAGACUGGUGAGGCCACUCCUGAAGUACUGUGUCCAGUUUGGGUCCCCACACUACAGAAGGGAUGCGGACAAAUUGGAGAUAGUCCAGUGGAGGGUAACAAAAAUGAUUAGGGGGCUAGGGCACAUGACUUACAAGGAGAUGCUGAGGGAACUGGGGUUAUUUAGUCUGCAGAAGAUAAGACUGAGGGGGGAUUUGAUAAGAGCCUUCAACUACCUGAAGGGGGUUCCAAAGAGGAUGGAGCUUGGCUGUUCUCGAUGGUGGCAGAUGACAGAACAAGAAGCAAUGGUCUCAAAUUGCAGUGGGGGAGGUCUAGGUUGGAUAUUAGGAAACACUAUUUCAUUAGGAGGGUGGUGAAGCACUAGAAACAGAUUACCUAGGGAGGUGGUAGAAUCUCCAUCUUUAGAGGUUUUUAAGGACUGGCUCAACAAAGCCCUAGCUGGGAUGAUUUAGUUGAGGUUGGUCCUGCUUUGAGCAGGGGAUUAGACUAAAUGACCUCCUGAGGUCUCUUCCAACCCUAAUAUUCUAUGAUUCUAGUGAUUAAAGGUGGGGGUGUCUGGGCUCUGAAGUUCCAUUCUCAGAGCUUGUGACCUUGGGCAAUCAUGGGUGGUGAAGCUUCAUUGGUUGAGUUUUAGAAAACACUUUGUAAUCUGGUGCUAGUGAGGUGCCGAGUAUCAUUGCAUUGCACUGAGAGAGAUGAAAACUGAAGGUGACAUGGGGAAAGAUGACAACAUCUGGAGUCGGGAAAGACAGUAAGCACAGUUGCACCUCCAUCCUUCCCAUUAGGGUCUUAAAGUGUCCCAUUCAACCACAAUCACACAGGAUAUUAUUAAUAUAUUAUUAAUAACCCACUCUGUUCCUGUCCUGCUCAAGAGGAUUAGUGUAGAGAAAUUCUUCCCUAGUCCCUGCUCGAGCAUCUCUUUCAGGGGGUUAUAUAGGCCCCAUCAUCAUAAUAUCUGGGCACCUCAAUAUUUUAAUUAGGGUUGUCAAGGGAUUUAAAAAAUCAAUCAUGAUUAAUCAUAUGGGAAAUGAUAGAAUACUAUUUAUUUAAAUAUUUUUGGAUGUUUUCUACAUUUUCAAAUAUACUGAUUUCACUUACAACAUAGAAUAUAAAGUGUACAGUGCUCACUUUAUUUUUUAUUACAAAUAUUUGCACUGU